AAUUGAAGAAAUCAUUUAGGACAAGAAGCAAAUCUUGUUAAGUUUGAUUGGAAGUCUCAAGAACUAAUGACAACACAGCAAUGCUAUUAAGCCAAGGAGUACUGGAAGAGGAUCAGCUGUGGAUGGUGUAAGGUCUGUGAAUAUGCCUCCCCAUGGCUUUCCCCCAUCUGGAAUGGUACAUUUAUGUAUGCUCUUUGGGCUGCUGAUGGCCUCCUGCUUCACCUUCUGCCUUAGUCAUCAGAACCUGGGGUUUGCACUGACAAACUCAGAGAAGAGCAGCACCAAAGAAACUGAGAGAAAGGAAACCACCAAGGAGGAGGAGCAGGGACCUGAGGUUCUGGAGGUGCUUCACCCCACUCAUGAGUGGCAGGUGCUUCGACCAGGUCAGGCUGUCCCUGCAGGAUCUCAUGUGCGGCUAAAUCUCCAGACUGGGACAAGAGAAGUGAAACUCCAGUAUGAAGACAAGCUCCAAAAUAAUCUGAAUAAUUUGAAAGGUUCAAAAAAAGGAAGAAGGUUAGACAUCAACACCAAUACCUACACAUCUCAGGACCUAAAGAGUGCACUGGCAAAAUUCAAGGAGGGGACAGAGAUGGACACUUCAAAGGAAGACAAGGCAACGCAGGCCAAGGUUAAAAGGCUAUUCCGUCCCAUUGAAGAACUGAAGAAGGACUUUGCAGAGCUGAAUGUUGUCAUUGAGACUGAUAUGCAGAUCAUGGUGCGGCUGAUCAACAAGUUCAAUAGUUCCAGCUCUAGUCUGGAAGAAAAGAUUGCGGCACUCUUUGAUCUCGAAUAUUAUGUCCAUCAGAUGGAUAAUGCACAGGACCUGCUUUCCUUCGGUGGUCUUCAGGUGGUGAUCAAUGGGCUGAACAGUACAGAGCCCCUGGUGAAGGAGUAUGCUGCCUUUGUGUUGGGAGCUGCCUUUUCCAGCAACCCUAAGGUCCAGGUGGAGGCCAUCGAGGGGGGAGCUCUGCAGAAGCUGCUGGUGAUCCUGGCCACGGAGCAGCCUCUCACGGCAAAGAAGAAGGUCCUGUUUGCACUGUGCUCCCUGCUGCGACACUUUCCCUAUGCCCAGCAGCAAUUUCUGAAGCUGGGGGGCCUGCAGGUCCUAAGGAGUCUGGCACAGGAGAAGGGCACAGAGGUGCUGGCCGUGCGUGUGGUCACCCUGCUGUAUGACUUGGUCACUGAGAAGAUGUUUGCCGAGGAGGAGGCUGAGCUGACCCGGGACACGUCCCCAGAGAAGCUGCAGCAGUAUCGCCAGGUGCACCUCCUGCCAGGCCUGCGGGAACAGGGCUGGUGUGAGAUCACUGCCCGCCUCCUGGCCCUGCCUGAGCACGAUGCUCGAGAAAAGGUGCUGCAGACGCUGGGCGCCCUUCUGGCCACCUGUCGCGACCGCUACCAGCAGGACCCCCAGCUGAGCAGGACGCUGGCCAGCCUGCAGGCUGAGUACCAGGCGCUGGCUGCCCUGGAGCUCCAAGAUGGCGAGGACGAGGGCUACUUCCGGGAACUGCUGAGCUCCAUCAACAGCUUGAUGAGAGAGCUGAGAUGAGGUUCUUCCCCAGCACCCAGCCUGGACUGGGGUGCGGCUAGUGAGGCUGGGGGGUGCCUGUUUGGCUGGGUUUAGCAGACACCAAGAGAAAGGAGGACUUCCCUAGUGGGGCAUGGGCUCACCUGGGCAGUGCUGGCUUGGCAUUAAAUGGAAACACAAAG